CAUCUUUCUCUAUGUCUCUGUUUGUCUCCCUUUUCAGUUAUGCUGUUAUGCUCACAGAUCUAUUUAAAUGAGUUAUCAAAAUUAAUCAAGCAUCAAAGCAUCUGAACCCAAAACUACGACAAAGGUUCACCAGGAUACCGCUACAAGUGGACAGCAAUGACAGACGAUAGAGAAGAAGGGACAACAAUCGUUGAGAUAUUAAAAAAAUCAAUUUUUUUUAGAGACUACUCCUAGAAGGGAGACAAAAAUGAGAGGAAUAAAUCAUCUUAAGAUGCUCGAACCAGUGAUCAUGCAUGAAUCGACCAUCCUUGCUUCCGCCUUCCGGUAAGGUCACUCACAUCCAGAUUUGUAGAGACAAAUGGUAAAACCUAUGAUCGGGUCAGGCGGACUCAGGCCCAUUCCCAUCCAUCCCACUGAUUUCUUCGUAAAGGGCUUCAUCGUUGUUCUUGGAUUAAAGCUAAAUGUGGGAAGUUCGCUCUCUUGGCCGUAGAGGUGUGGAAGAAGCGAAGCGGCGUGGCAGAGAAACAGACGACCUCGACGACACUGGAUUUCAAAUCUCGAUUUCUCUGGCUAAGAUCCCGUUCGUGGACGACGGAGGAGAUGCGAUGUCGACGGUUUCUAGGAUUUAUGCGGAACGAGGCUUGACGGAGCUCCGGUUUGUGUCGGGCAGGGUUUGGAGGGUACAAAGUGGUUUCAAGCGGACCAGCUGUAAACGUUUGUCAUGGCGUCUUAGGAGCUCCGGUGAUGUCUUCGGAUGACUUCUUCGGGUCGCGCCCCCGACGUCCUAAAGAGUGACCGCUGGAGUGGUGUUGAUUGAAAGGAGAUGUUAACUCAACCGCCCUUGAUGGCGAGAGGUAAAGAUUCAAGUCAAAGUGGUCGGGUUGCUAGAGGACGGCUCUCUGGCGUUUAGAUCUAGGGUUUUCUGCCUAACCGGUUUAAUCUGGUUUAGCUCUAGAUUAUUUUUAUUUUUUUUCACCCAAUUCUGAAAUUGUAAACUAAGGAAUUUUUACCCGGUAUAGGGUACGAUAAUAUAUAUAAUUUUUUAAAAAAAAUCAAACAUAAAAUCCCUAUCUUUUUUUCUUUCUCUGCUUCCUCUCAAGUCUAUUGUCACUGGUUUAAGAAAACAAUAUCGAGAGUUCUUCAGCCAAACAAAGAAUAAAAGGUGGGUAACAAGUUGGAGAUGGAUCAGACGCAGAUGCACAAAGAGAACCCACUAAGAAUAGUUAUAGCUACAUGAACUAUACGAGUGAUCAGCAACCAUGGCUAUAGGAACUUCACUCGAAGAAAAUAUUGGAACUUGACUUGAAGUAUUGAAUCAUGUCACUAAACCUCCACAAGAAUCAUUAUCUUUUUCUGAAAAAAUGACAGAUUGCUCAUGAAGAGUUGUCAGUAGCCAACUAUCAGUAAAUCCAAAUUGCUUUUUUGCUGUAGCCAAGUAUUAUAUAAUCCUACAUAAUUUAUCGGUAAUAGUAAAUUGUGAUAACAAUAAGGUAGCAUAUUUCAAACCAACCGAGCGCUGGAGACUAGAUAAAUUAGACCACUAUGUAUAUUGAAUUAGUUUAGAUCACAAAUAGUCUACAAUUGGAAACAACUUUAGUGUUUCCACUGUACUACAGAAAACAUAACGUUAUUCGUGACCUUUCGAAAUUUCAUAAUUACAGGCCAAUGAAAAAAUAUACAUAACAUCCAACUUUACUAGACAUGCAAAAUGAAUAAGUAAAAUAAAAUCAAAAGUCCAAAUAUGCAGGAGGCCUAUAAGCUAGGAUCAACAUAAGCACCUCAGUAACAUUAGUCAACUUUUGAGUUUAAGAGGCUGAAAGCCUGAGACACGUCCUCUUUCUGAGCUUGGUAUGCUCUAUGUAUGGACCAAAAACACAAAUAAUGAAAGACGACGGCGGCGACAAUUCCCCAAACCCAUCCGACCAAGAUCGUACUGCGCAUGAGGCGCCGGAUCUGGGUGUUCGACAGAAUAGCGCAGGAGGCACAGGUGGAGACAGUUCCCCGAAAGAAAAGGAGAACCCCUCUCUGUUCUGAAAGCGCUUGAAGUGGAAGGAACAAGUCCGAAAGUUUCGUACUCUGACGUUAUAGUCGAUGGAUCCUCGAGAUCGGAGGAGUAUCCUGAGUUUGUGGUGAAAGACGCUGUUGCAGAAGUGGAAGUUCCAAUGUCGUUAAUGGAAGAGGCUGAGCCAUUGUGGACUAGUUUCAUUGUAGGGUAUUUCAUGAAUGAUGCUCCCCACAUUGGAUCGAUUCACGCGACAGUUAACAGGAUUUGGGCUUCUCCUCUAAAGAAGACCAAGAUUGAUGUUCAGUUCAUAGGAAAAACAACGGUACUAUUCAGGAUUGAGGAUGCAGGGAUCCGUAACAGGAUCUUGAAGCGAAAGUUCUAGCACCUCUCCGAUGUUCCGCUAAUGUUGGGUGAAUAGACUCCUGAAACGGCUCGUUCCCCUCCAGAUCUCUCUGCAAUGCCAUUGUGGGUUGACUUGAUGAAUGUACCUGGUUAUCUCUACUCCAAGAAAGGCUUGAGCUUUUUGUCUAGAGCUUCUGGGAAGUUCAUUAAACUUCACCCUAAUACGGAACAUUGUGUCCGCUUGGAUGUUGCUCGUGUGCUGGUGGAGGUUGACCUAACUAAACCACUGCCUACCAAGAUCAAUGGCUCUGAUGUUGUUGUUUCCAUUACCUACCCCUGGCUACCUCCUCGCUGUCUCUCUUGCUCUAAAUGGGGACAUGUUGAGAAGGAUUGCUCAGCUCCAAAGGCCAACGUAGAGGCGGCAAAGCAGGCAAAUGUGGUGAUUGAGCAGGCUAUAGUGGUGGUGAAUGACUCCGUUGUACUGGAGGGUUUUUCGACAAAGGACACUAUGGAGAAAUCCUCUUCUGAGAUUUUUAGAAAACUAAUGGAAGACCUGGAGUCUAUGACUAGAAAGGCUAGUCUCUCUGGUGAAGGUAGCUCCAAGGCGGAGGUAGAUCAGACGGUUUCAAACUAUAGUUUGGCUCCAGAAAGUAACUCUUGGUCUCUAGUUUCGGGUCAGAGUAGCCCUCCAGCAUCUCCUCGUAAAGUACAGAACACUAGUAAUGAUUGCAAUGAUUGCAUCUCUCCUAAUGGUUUUCAAGCUCUUCAGGAUAUCUGUGAAGAAAGAGAGGUAAAAGAAGAUGAGGAGACUGAAGAAGUGGAGGUAGCUGAUUCUGCUAGUCUGAACGUGGGAAGCUUACCAGUGGUUGUGGUCACAAAUGAGAAAACAUCAGUGACAGUUCAGCGACAGGGAGGCUCUCAGCGAAAUAAAGGCAGAGGUGCUAAGCGAGGAUAGCUAACUCGAGAGAUUUGGUUCAGGCUGUGACUCAACAACAAAAGGCUAAUAGUCAAGCAAGGAAAGCUUCCUCUAGGAAGCACUGAUGUCGUCAAUCGCUUGGAACAUACGUGGGUUCAAUAAGCCACGUAAACAAAAGGCAGUUAAUUAUUGGGUCAAUGCUGCAAAAUUGUCUUUUGGGUGCUUGCUGGAAACUAGAGUGCAAGAGGAAAAUUUUAAAAAGAUAUUUGAUACUACUUUCCCGGGCUGGAGUUGUGUAAACAACUACUCCAAUCAUAGGCUCAGAAGAAUUUGGGUUUGUUGGUCCGAUGAAGUGGAAGUUAUACCAGUCUCUACGAGUAUGCAAAUGAUUACAGUUUGGGUGAGAUACAAAACAUCUGGUGACACUUUUCUAUGUUCCUUCAUCUACGCAUCAAACUGUAGGAUGGAGAGAAGGGAGCUUUGGAAUGAGAUGGAGGUUAUUGCUGGAUCAGUGGCAGGAGAUACUAACCCUUGGAUCAUCCAGGGUGAUUUUAAUGUCGCUUUAUCCUCUACGGAGCAUUCUCGCCUCAUGGAAACUGCUGCGGAUAUGAGCUCAAUCAGAGAGUUCCAAAAUGUAGUGCGCAAUUGCGAUAUGAUGGAUUUAGCUCAAGUUGGCUCUUCUUUUACUUGGACAAACUGUCAAGAUGAGAAUCCUAUUAGUAAGAAGUUGGACCGUGUUAUGAUCAACAGCUGUUGGAUCAGUGCCCUUCCGAACUCCUUUGUUACUUUUGAAUCAGGUGGCGUGUCUGAUCACUUACGUAUGCACAUACAGCUCCGCGAGGUGCCACAAGGGAACGCGAAGCCUUUUAAAUUUUUCAACCACACAGCCUCGCAUCCCCGCUUUCUUGAAGUUGUUGAUAGGGUUUGGAAUGAGACUGCGCCCCUGUUCCAUUCUCGCACUGCUCUUCGGAGAUUCCAAAAUAAAUUGAAAGCUCUAAAAUCGGAGAUGCGUGGUUUAAACCGUAAUAUGUGUGGUGAUUUACCCAGUCGUGUGAAACAUGCUUAUGAGGACUUGUGUGCGAAACAAACUGAAGCUAUGAGAACCCCCAAACCUCCACUUUUGAAGCCGCGUCUAAUGCUUGGGAGCACUGGCAUCACAUAUCGGGUAUUGAGGAGCAAUUUUAUUAUCAGAAGUCCAGGGUGCAGUGGUUGGGUCUUGGAGACAGGAACUCACGGUUUUUCCAUAAAGUCACCCAAAGUCGUAAUGUGAGGAACACUAUCAGGCGUAUAGUCACCGAAGAUGGCAGAAUUCUCACCUCUCCGUCUGACAUCAAACUAGAGGCUGCUGCUCACUUUGAGAACUUCCUCAACGGCUCUCCUCCGCUCACUUCAGAUGUUUCUCCUAACUAUAUUAGUGAUCUUGUUGACUAUCGUUGCUCAAAUGAAGAUAGAGUCAUCCUUACUAACCGGUGGAAGCCUCAGAAAUUAAAGAGGUGUUGUUUUCCUACCUGCAAACAAAGCUCCGAGACCUGAUCGGUACCCAAUGGAGUUCUAUAAAGCAGCUUGGCCAGUGAUUGGAAAGGAUCUCAUCAUAGUUAUCCAGUCUUUUUUCCUCUUCGGCUUCAUGCCUCAUAGUGUCAACGCCACCCUGCUGUCGCUGAUUCCGAAAACUACUGAUGCUGAGAAGAUGACCGACUUCAGACCUAUUGCUUUCUACAACGUCAUCUAUAAGGUUAUCUCCAAGAUCCUUGCUAGAAGACUCAAAGCCACUCUCCCGGAAGCUAUAGAACUGAACCAAUGCGCUUUUGUGGAGGGCAGAUUACUCCUGGAAAACGUCCUCUUAGCUACGGAGCUUGUUAAAGACUACCAUAAGCCAUCGGUCUCCUCCAGAUCUGCUAUUAAACUAGACAUCUCCAAAGCUUUUGAUACAGUAAGAUGGUCUUUCAUCGAGAGUACUCUUCGUGCGAUGAACUAUCCAGAUAUCUUUGUAACCUGGAUAAUGAAAUGUAUAGAAACUGCAACCUUUUCAGUUUCUGUCAAUGGAGAGCUAGAGGGUUUUACAAGGGUGCUCCCUCU